AUGUCUACAGCUAUCACCUCCUUGACACCCUCACAGGUGAACGAUGAGCUCAACAAAAUGCAAGCGUUUAUCAAGAAAGAAGCUGAGGAGAAAUCCAAGGAAAUCAAGUUGAAGGCCGAUCAAGAGUACGAGAUUGAAAAAACUGGCUUGGUCCGCAACGAGAUCAGCAACAUUGACUCCGCUCUUGAGGAGAAGACCAAGAAAGCCGCUUUGAAGCAGCAGGUCACCAAGUCGACCAUUGCCAACAAAAUGCGUCUCAAAGUCCUUUCUACUAGAGAACAGUUGCUGGACGACAUCUUUGAGUCCGCAAAAGCCGAGCUCAAGACUCUUUCCUCCAACAAGAAGAAAUACGAGCCUGUUUUGAAAGCCGUCAUUCUCGAAUCCCUGUACCGUCUACUUGAAUCAAGCGCUGUGAUCAAGGUCAGAGAACAAGACACCAAGCUUGUUGAGUCGUUCAAAGAUGCCGUUUUGAAGGAGUACACCGAAAAGACUGGGAGACAAACGAAGUUGUCUGUUUCUUCAGAGUAUUUGAGCAAAGACGCCGCUGGUGGUGUCGUCGUCUCUGACGAGUCCGGAAAAAUCGUUGUUGAUAACACCCUUGAGGAGAGAUUGACCAUUCUCAACGAGGAGGCUCUGCCUGUCAUCAGACUUGAGCUUUUCGGUAUUUCAGAAGGUAGAAAGUUUUUUGAUUAA